CUUUCCGUUUUCGGGGAGGGAGGAAUAGGAAAAAAAGGGAAGCCGACGGCCAAAAGUCAAAAUCAAUUGCUAAGGGAGAAUGGAGCUGUUGAGCGUGAGUCCACAACAACUGAUAUUCUAUGCCCCAUACAAUGGUCCACAGAGGCGAACAGUAACUCUGCUGAAUCCCACCCAUUUAGUGGUUUUAUUCAAGGUCAGAUCGAAUGCUUAUAGGCACUAUCGCUUGAAGCCAAAUGCCGGGAAGGUGGAACCCUAUGCCACCAUUGAAAUCCGCAUCUGCCUGCAGUGCUUCGACUUUGACGAGGAUCAGGAGUAUAAUCACUAUUUAAACAUUCAGUCUUUUUUCAAGCCCGAUAACAGUUUUAAUGGCGAAACUCCCUUGGCCAUUUUCCGGACAGUUUCCCGGGAUCAGGUAUACACCAAGUGCCUGCCCAUUAAACUGGAGAACAAGCCACUUUUCCUAACCAAAUGUGGUCCAGAGGCACCUUGUUUAAAGCAAAUGAUCUUGGAAAGAGGUCAUCGGCUGAAACCUGUCUGUCCAAAGUGUGCAGUACCUUCGAUAUCGAAAACAUGCAGGAGAAGAGGAAUUAAAUGCAUGUUUAUCAUCAUAGUCUGCCUGCUUGCAGUUUUUAUUUUAGCAUAUUUGCUACUGAAAGAUAUAGGGGAGAUGGUAAAGAACGCGUACCAAAAUCAAUGCAUUCAUUUGGAUAUCUCGCAAGACAGUUAUUUGAAUAGCUCAUCUAGCAGUUGUAUUUGUAGCUCAUCAGAGUUUUGUAACACACCAGACAGUUGUAUAAGUCCCGAAAUUUCCGGUGUAAAUUUGACCUAAGUAUGAGUGAAUUUUCAUUAAAACUAUUUAGUAUUAAUUUAUUUACUUGGAACCUUA